GCCAGAAUUAGUGGGACACUCUACACAUACAUGUAGCUCUAUGGUUCUCAAUGACAGCCGAUGUCCAGCCGAUGAAAAACGACAUCCGGUAGACGCAGAUGAACUUCCGGCAGCGGCCAUAUUGAAGUCAAGAAAGGAAUAUUCAUUAUGGCCGUCCCAAGUCACCGCCUCCUCCUGUUGCUUUUUUAAAAAAAAUUAAAAAUCCUCCGUUGUAAAGAUUCCGAAUGACAGAAAAAAACGGGUCCCGGGUAGACUCUGUAAUAGCAAUAAACAUACUAAAUCAAUCCCUGGUGUCUGCCUUCCUCUUCCGUUGCUUCUCCACUAGCUGAGGGGUUGAGGUUGAAAACCGCCGUGUCGAGCGGCGGGGCCAGAAGGCGCAUGCGCAGUACGAGCUAGGUGGCGACAGAGCGUGUUUCUCUCUUUUUUCCCCCCUGCUUUUUGCCUCUCAAGCAACCUACCCGCGAGGAAGAAAGAGGCGGGGGAGGGGGAGGCGGCGGCGAAGGAAGAGGAGGAGGAGGGACCUCCAGCGCGCGUGCGCAGUCUCCUCCUGCCCCUCCAUUCUAAUUCCCCCCCUCCUCCCCCGCGCCACUUCGUCCCCGGGAGUGCGAAAAAGAAAAAAAAGGAGGGGGAAGCAGCUAUGAGGGACCGAACGGACGAGAUCAGAGGGGUGAGAAUCCUCGCGCGGCUGGCCACGCCCACAACGGUCGCCUUUGCUCCUCCCCUUUCCGUGCUUCCUUUGCGCCCCACGCUCUCCCCCCGCGCGCCGCUUUCCCCUCGCCUUUUAUAGGCUGUUCGCUCUCUCUGCCCUCCUCGUCCUCCCCCCCCCCCGCAGUCCCUUUUGCUCUUCUCAUCCCCCCUAAACCUCACCCCAAAUUUUAGGUCUCCUAAACCUCACCCCAAAUUUGGCCCCUCGACCUCUGAAGGCCGAUUUCCACCUCCCCUCACUGACCCCGACGGCAUCGAGGGGCCCCAUUGCUCCCCCCCCCCCCGCAGGGCGUCAGGUGCGCACCUCCCCCACCCCAAAAACACAGCCAGGAGUUGCCAUUUUCGUUUCUGUUAUUCGCUGUCUGGAUUUCAUAAAUUUCGAACUUCCCCUCCCCUUGACAGUCAAAAGCUUUCCUUUCCAAAUGCGCGUUUUCCUCCCAGGCUCCUGUGGGGGGCGCUGUUUUCCGUCCGUCCCUCCCGUGAUCAUGGUCUCCCACUUUCCUACUCGCCACCCACAACCCCCAGCCCAGUUCUGGGUUUGUUUAUCUGCUCUCUUCAUCCCUGUAUCCUCCUCCUGCUGCCUCCAGUUACUUCCCCUUCUCUGUCACCCUCGUUAUUCCAUCCACUCUUUGGAUUGCCCUCCUGAGAGUAUCCUCAUCUCUGCCCUCCCUUUUCCAUAGUCUGCCUCCCAGCAUUUUUAUAUUUCUUCCCUGCACCCCAUUUGUCCUCACACUGUGCUCCUUUCGUCCCCCAUAUUCACGUAACACUCCCUUGUCCCUUCUUGCAUUGGUUCCCUCUUCACUCGUCUUCUCAUUUGCUCUCUUCAUAGGCUUUCUCUUAGCUACUACUCCACCCCAAUGUUUUAGUGGAAACACCAUGGAAAGGAGUUGGGGUAGAGCACAUUAGGGCCCCAGGAAUUUCCAGAGAUCAAAAGAAGUUGGAGAUGUUAACUCAUUUGGGCAAGGCAAUAUUGCACACCAAAGCGAUACCCAGCCCCAAAUAAUGCCACUGGAUGUUGCAUUGGUCUUUCGUCUUGGGAGGCAGCAACUGGUGGUGGAUAGUGCCAGACAUUUGGUUGGGAAAAUGUGUAAAAUCCAGUUCAGCCAUGCCUUACCAGGUGACCUUAGGUUGUCAACUCUUAGCCUUUUGGACCUCAUAGGAUCAUUGUGGCUGCUGCCCUGACAUCCUUGGAGGAAGGGUAGGAUAGAAAUAUUAUAAAAGAACCAGAAUGUAAAUGAUGUUACAUUAGGAAGUUACAUUUGGGACUCACUUGUUACAAGAUUCCAAAAUGGUAAGUGGUUUGAGAGGGAGAGAUAGAGGGACCAAGUUUGAUUCUGUCUCAGGGUUUGAACAAUGUUUGCAGAUGGCUUAAUGCAAAAGUCACCUUCCACUUAGUUAUGCAUUACAUUUAAGAUGCUUUUUGGUGUCAGCAAACAACACUAUGGCUGUAUUCCCGUUGCCUUUCUUGUCCGCCAGAAUGCUUCAGCUCCUGUGUAUAAACAUGAAAUUUCUAGGCUUUGCUUUGUUAAGAUUUCAGUAUCUCUGCCCUGACCGUUUGUCCCUUUGUCUCUCCAUCUUUAUCAGUAGCGAGAAAAUACAGAUUUAGGAAACAUAUUACUGACUUCUCAUGUCAGUUUCAGAUGUUUGUCGUUCUUACUAGAAAGGAAACCAGGGUGGUUUCACACUAAUAUACAAAUUAGCUGCUAGUUUUGUUUUUUCCUUUCAAGUCCGUUGUCAAAUUUGACACAGGAAGGGAGUGAACUGGCACAUCUGCGCCAUGCACAAUGGUGUAUUCCAAUUAAGCAGGGGCUGAAUCAUAAUCUGUGGUUAAAGUUUAAUUGGCUAAAGCUUGCAGCCCUAAUUAAAGAGUAGUAAUGUUCCUACUACCUAUAUAGAUUACUUUGAUAAAGAAGAUUGUUGGCCUUUGAAAGCUUAUGCCACAAUUAAAUGAAUUAGUUUUAAAGAUGCCACCAUAGUUCUUCUGGAGUCAUCUACUUUUUGGAAUAUAUAGUUGGUUCUUUUCAUAACAGUUCUGUUUGAGAAAGUGUCUCACAAGCAGGAUUUCUUUUUUUAAAAAAGCAAACUAAAUGGAAUUCUGCACAAAGGUAAUUCAAAUGACAAUGCUGUCACUGCCUUGUAACUACAGUGCAGCAUUAGAAAGAGCUUCAGCCAGCAUGGAUCUCUAGCACAGGAGAGUGCACAUUUGCAUAAAUAUUUUGCAUGAAAUAGAGGGCAUGGAAUUAUGGAGGGUGCUGGAGCCCUGUCCCCAGCUGCUAGAAACUUUGAUCAACCAUUGUUUGGCUAUUGACAUUUCACCUGGUGUUGAACAUGUACAUUCAAGCAUUUCUUAUCAACCAUGAGAGCUAGAAACUAGCUAGUGAUGUUGUGCUUUUAAAGUUUAUUCAAAUGAAAUGUUUUUUGGAACUGGAUUCUAUACCCUAGGUCACAUUCUUGAGGUUUGAUUUGCUCCCACAGAACCCUGGCCCAUAUGCAUAUUACUAAUAAGACCUGUGUUAUGCAUCUUCUCAACUGGGGGCAAAAGUUGCCAUUGCUACUGACACAAAGAAAUUUGAGGUCCAAGUGAGCUGGAGCAGAAUUCAGCCAAAGUACACAGAGGCACAUCCCAGCCCCGCUGGUUGAGGUUUUCAUCCCAAAUCCUUCAUGAGUAGUACAGUGGUACCUCGGGUUACAUACGCUUCAGGUUACAUACGCUUCAGGUUAUAGACUCCGCUAACCCAGAAAUAGUACCUCGGGUUAAGAACUUUGCUUCAGGAUGAGAACAGAAAUCAUCUCCGGUGGCAGCAGGAGGCCCCAUUAGCUAAAGUGGUGCUUCAGGUUAAGAACAGUUUCAGGUUAAGAACAGACCUCCGGAACAAAUUACUGUAUUUUUCGCUCUAUAAGACGCACCAGACCACAAGACGCACCUAGUUUUUGGAGGAGGAAAACAAGAAAAAAAAUAUUCUGAAUCUCAGAAGCCAGAACAGCAAGAGGGAUCGCUGCGCAGUGAAAGCAGCAAUCCCUCUUGCUGUUCAGGCCUCUGUGAUAGCUGCACAGCCUGCAUUCACUCCAUAAGACGCACACACAUUUCCCCUUACUUUUUAGGAGGGAAAAAGUGAGUCUUAUAGAGCAAAAAAUACGGUAAGUACUUAACCCGAGGUACCACUGUAUGUGUCAUAGCCAAUUUCCAAUCUAGGAGCAAAACACAUUUUUUUUGUUAUGUUGAAUUAAAGACUGAGGCAAGAGUGUUCUCCAACAGACGAAGCCCUCAGUGUCCAACUUGUCUUCCAUGUUUCCCAGUUACAGAUUUUUCUCACUUUUGUACAAGAUUACAUGUUUAAAAAUUGGUCAGAUUUAUUGUGCAGCAAAAUGUAGUGACCAGGUUGGCAUCCACACAGUGAAAUGUGUGUUACAUUAUAUGCAGUGUUUGAAACUCGCAUUGUUCUAGGCCAGGGGUCUGCAACCCACGGCCCCGGAGCCGCAUGUGGCUCUUUUACGCCUUUGCCGUGGCUCCGGGGCGGAUACUAGCGAGGGGAGGCGCAUUGUGCGCCCCGACACUCCCCACUGUGGCGGGCGCUGUACUGGCUGUGACGUCGCAUGGGGGCGGUGCGUGCAUUAGUCACGCACCGUCCCGACGUCACCUUCCCGCCCGCUGUCAGAUCGGAGGGCAGUGGCGCGCAUGCAGGUCUACGACUGCGAGGAGGAAGAUGACGUCCCUGUUUUGGACCCCCGGUAGGCCAAUGGUUUUGCGGCUCCCAGUUUUUUUUUCUUCGGAAACGGGUCCAAGUGGCUCUUUUUGUCUUAAAGGUUGCAGACCCCUGUUCUAGGCGCAUCUUGCAACAAGGAAUUUCAUUAGUGCAAGCAGUUUCUGAGCUCUGGGCGUAGUACUGCGCCUAAGAUUUCAGAUUAAAACUGCAGAGUGGAAGGAAAGGAGGACCUUUUUCUGCCUCUGCACUUCUAGCUACUCACUGGAGAAGAGACCCUCUUAAGAAUAUUAAGGGGGUGGGCAGGAGAAGGACUAGGCCAUGUGAAAAAUGAACAUAAAAUUUUAGCUGCAGUUCACUCAUAUUCAGCUUUGUAUCCUUGUUAUAAAAAGUGCGCCUAGACAUUCCGUUGUUGCACCCAUAAUCGAGGUUUAAGGUACCAUUUAACUCCUAGCUUUCAUAUCUCAGUUUCUAACACUGGUUAUAUGUCUACAACGUUGUUAUGCAUCUCAUCCAGCAAUAGAUGCAGGUACCCGAUCUACAUGCCAGUUUUCCACAUGCAGUUAUGGCCAGAUGAACAUCCAGUGCCAAUUGCACAUCUUCUCACAGAUGCCCAUAGCUCUCAAAAGUUCUGUAUUAGUCUAAGAGUACAACAGUGUGUGUUGAUAGAGAAUAGGGAGAAAAACAGAAUACACAAGACUGUUCUUCUUCACAGCUGACUGGUGCUGUCAGCCUUUAAAGCAACCAUGGAAUGUUAGAUUCUAUUCACUUUUAGAACAUGUGUCUUCUGUACUAUGCAAAAUGGAAUGAAAAGAUUGUUUGAAAAUAUUGGUUUUAAAUUGUUAGCUGAUUUGGAAGUUGAUUUGGAUAGAAAUGUUUGUAAAUGAAUGAAAAUGAACCUUGUCUAAGAGCAGUGUGGGAUUUUUGGUCUGUGUUUCCCCCCUGUCAUCUGCAACACAUGUGCAGUGAGUGCUUUGGUGCAUCUGAUCUCUUCCCUCUACAUCUCUCUUUAACAGAAGGAUGUCGACUCGGACUGUGAAGAGACUGAACUCGAUACUCUGGUCCCACAGCCAGGAUCAGCAAGACCCAAUGGCUCUCCAGAUCCAACUGACGAAUUCUUCCGAACGGUACCACAAUCUUUCUUUCUAAGCAUGUGCGGAGUUGACUUGAAAACUAUCUUCCUGUGUGUGUGUGUGUGUGUGUGUGUGUGUGCGUGCAUUGGUGGGACACGCAUAAGCCUGUCCCAUCCCGCAUCUACCAACGUCCCACCUGCUUCUGGUGCCAAAAAUGGCAUCUAUCAGCAUGAUCAUCUUUGUUUUCACUAUCCCAUGGAAACUCUUCCACGAUCACUUGACUUUUUUCUUGCUACAGUUGCUAUUGCAUGCUAUUGGUUUGUUGCUAUAAUGUGUCAGAGGAGUUGGAGAUCUUCUGGCUGCACAUCUGAAGAACAAUAAGACCGUGCUUGCCUCCCUGCCCUCCUUUCCUUAUGUUAAGCUCUGGAGACCAUCCUCCAGCUGCCACCACCCAAUGAGGUGAGGCAGGUGGCAACAGGAGAAAGAGAGAGCACCUUCGCUUUGGUGGUGCCCUGGCUGUGGAAGAUUUGCCCAUUGCCUGCCUUGUUAUUUUUCCAGUGCCGGGCAAAAAACUUCUAUUUUCCCAAUCAUUUCAUAGUUUCAUUCCCCCUGAAAUUGGUUUUAUGCUGAAUUUCUGUUGUUUUUAUAUAUCAUGCAGUUUUAAUGUUCCUGUUUUUAUGAAUAGUAUUUUAUUUUUAAUGUGCUGUGAGCUGUAUGGGAGGAAAUGUUUUAAAUAAAAUAAGAGGAGAUAAUUUGAAUUCUGGCAUCCGUGAACAGUUUUUGGUAAGCUGCAUCUGCAUCAGUAUUGCCUGCACACAGUAGUGUUUUUGUGUGAUUUUUUGAGGGUGCAAAUCACUUGAGCAUUUUCUAGAACCCUAUGUAGCAGACACAUUAUGCUUUCUGCUUAUGUAAAUAGAUCUAGUCAGCCAGUUCCCUAUGCUGGUGGCUUGUAGUUAUACGCAGUGAGAUAUGAGUGGGUUUCAUACUAUGGAGAUACCUCUUCAUUGGCAACCAGCUUAAUUGAUGGAGAUUUGAGGGUCAUUGACAAUGAAAAGGAAAUGUGUUUCUUCUUCUUCUUCUGGGGUGUUAUCAUUAACCACCCCCAAAGAAAAGUGGGAAAGGGGAGGGUAGGAGACUGACAGCACUUCUAUAACUGAAUGUUGCUCCAAGAUGAGGUCAGGGUUCAGCUGGUUAGAAUUGACUCCUUCUCAUCGUAUCAUUUUUUAUUGCCUUCUCAGACACGUGGGAUCCGUGAAGCCUUGAAGACUCUGGGAAGCAAAGUAAAAGAUCUAGAGAAACAUCAAACUACCAUUUUGGCCACACCCCUCCCUGAGGAUAGUAAGUUUGCAGUGGGGGAAUGCGGGUGGUGAAGUAGAAGAUAUGGGCUGGGGGAAAACUGGACAAAGAAGCUCUUGGAGGUAAGUGGCCAAGAAAAGUUGGAGAAAAUGGUAAAAUUUAGGGGCAGAGUUUAGUGGUAUUUAAAUUUCAUGAUUUAUAGUGGUGCAAAAUUAGAAUUACCUUGUUGCAAAGAGCACAUUGCUGUUUACUCCUAGCAGCAGCCUCAUAUUUUGCUUUUCUUAUGAAUUAUAGUUUGAAAAUAUUCCGUGUACCGUAUUGAUUCAAAAUGAAAUCCAGUUGUAUCUAAACAAAAACCUGCUUCUUGGUUUCAAUUGCCAUCAUGCAAAAAUUGGUUAUGAUAUUUUAAGAGGUGUCCAAAUGCAUAGAAAUUAAGCAAAUUUCCAAAAUAUAAUUGAUGUAUACCCCCACCUUUCUUCUGUGGAACUCAUGUUAAUGUACAUAGUAUUCCUAGGCAGCCUCCAAUCAAAGCACUGACCAGACUAGACCUGAUUAGGUUUAGCAAGGAUACUGCAUUAUCUGCCUUCAGGCCAGAUUAUGGAUUGUGACAGUUUAUACUGUUCCAUCAGUGUGUGCAUGAGCACAGUAGACAGAUUCAUGCUUCAAAGUUGCUUACAGCCUGAAAUAGACAGCAAGGGAACAAUAGUAGGAUGGAAAGGCAGACAAGGGUAGGAAGGAGUGAAUAGGGGCAAAUGCUAUUCUGCAUUGUUAAAAACUUGGUUAAAUUAGGAAUGAGGAUUCAGAUGGGUGGUUCAACCGUCAGUUCCCAGUCAAGAGAUUUAGCUGCACAGUGCCAAUUGUUAGAACAUUAGAAAACCAGAGGGGGGUGGGAAUGAAAUACAUUGUAAGCAGCCUUGAGAACUUUGAUUGGUUGGCAGAAUAGAAAUACUCUAAAGUAAAUAAGAGGAAAAGCCAAAGUCCAUGCACACAGGAGAAGGGGUGAGCAGAGAGUUGAAUGAGCAGAUGUUGUGCCAAGUUCACGUUCAGAGAAGAAGGGCCCUCUUGAAGAGGGCAGCAGGGGAAAUGGGUGGAGUUGUUGCUGGGAUAUGUUGAAGAACAAAACCUGAAAGAUAGCAGAGCAAGACCAUGGAUAGCUUUAAAAGUAAAGGCAAAGGUUUUGUUCUAUAUAUACAGGUAGAAUGGACUGGAAAGCCAGUGAAAGGAUCAGAAGAUAGGCAUCAGUGUGGUCAGAGAAACAGGAUAAAUGAGUAAUAUUGACAAAGGAGUUUUGCAUUGAGGUGAGGAGACUUGAGGUUGUAGUUCAGGUGGAAGCAUGGAGCUUUAGCCAAAGCAAUAUGGAGAAACAGCCAUUUUUGCAGUGUUCUUCAAGAAGAAAUUAUUUGGCCUAGCAGUGGAUUGAAUGCGGGCAGAACAACUGUAGUCUGUGUUCCCUUCAGUUGACCAAAUGGCCUGCGGGAAAGGGAUGUGGCAAAGAAGCACCUACAUACAUAACACCUUAGCAAAAGCCACAUGCAAAUGUCAUCUAAUUCUUCUCUGGCACAAUCCCAGCUGUUGACUUUUUAACCUUGGUGUUUUCUAGGCAUGAAGCAAGACCUGCAAAAGCUACGUGAGGAAAUCAAGGAGCUGGCAAAAGACAUUCGGACCCGCCUGAAAAGUGAGUGUGGGAGGAGGAUUGGGCCUUAAUGCAUAAAAGGGAAGAGUGCUGGAUGUCGGACCUCCUAGCUUCUGCUCUCCAGCUUUGUCUGUGUGCUCAUUGUACUGAAACCAGGAGGAGUCCUUCUCUCUGUCCCCGGUAGAAAGUGGCAUGGCUUGAUUGUAGCCCUGUUUAUUUUUUAAUAUAGAAAUUGAGCCCAAGAAGGAUGGGGAAGAUGAGAACAAAAACUCCAUCAACGUUCGUAUGAAGAGAACCCAGGUCAGAUGUGGCCCAGCUAGCUCGCUUGGGUGCUGGUGAGGAGGAGGCCACAGAAGUGUCCUUAACCCUUUCUUUCCAUUUCUGCCUCAGCAUGGGAUCCUGUCCCAACAGUUCUUGGACCUGAUCAACCAGUGCAAUGCAACGCAGUCUGACUACCGAGACAAGAACCUGGAGCGCAUCAGGAGACAGCUGCAGAUCAGUGAGUGUCUGCUCUUUCUUCCCACUGGCUCCAGAGAUGACUGCAUUUCAGUGCCAAAUCAGCAAUCUCGGUUGCUGCAAGGUUCCUACUUACUAGAGUCGCCCAGAAGUCAUGGGAACAAGUCAUGGUGCCAGCCCUAAGGUAGCUGGGAAGAUUGUGAUUUGCCCAAAGUGAUCUGGGUUGCCUGGUGGCUAAGAUGAGUAUCCUAAGCUUGGACAUGGUGCCCUAUUCUUAUCACAACGCUGCUGUUACAGAUGUCCCAGAAACGCAUGAGUUGUUGUGUUUGUUAUGCUGGUCAGGGACACGUGGGUUUUAUGUCUUUGCAAUCUCUCUGUAUAAGUGGAUUCUGGCAGUUUUGUUGAUUUUGUUUAUAAAGCAAGUUCCUAGAUCUUAGGAAGUGGGCAUUGAAAACAUGUAAACUGUGCAUGGUGCAGGGCCCAGCAACGUUUCCACUGGUCAGAUGAUGUGUCUUUAAGGCCUGUUCUUUACACUUCUAUAUUUCCAUCGGCUAGCAGAAGUGGAAAACAUUCAAAAUAAACAAGCAUGCAAACUUGAUUUGCAUUGCACAUUUUAGAUGCAGAGUCAUUUUACAGAGCAGAAGAUACGUUACAUUGGCUUUAAAAAGAGAAAGCCUGUGACCAUGGCACAGGCAACUUCCAAGCUCAUAACUGCUGUUUUUUGCACACUUUCUUUCCCAUCCACGCAAGUGUAUGUUCAGGCCCAUGCUCCUGAGAAAGACAAGCGGAACUGAGCAGUUCAAGGAUACAGCCGCAGUGAUUCCUAGCAUGGUGAAGUCUGCCCAAGUUGUCUUAUCAGAGUGACUUCAGGCUGUAGCCAGAUGAGGCUUUCAUUUUUGCCCCUGUGUGUUUGCAGGCAUGUCUCUGGCCCAAAAGCAAGCUCUUUAUGCUUUGGAGAAAAUGACUAUGCAUAUUGGUCUUGAGAGCACUUUUUUGUGGAGCCUAGGCUCAACUACCACGCUGCACGGGGACUAUUAAAAUUUCCAAAACUUGGGACACAGGGCAGGGGAGCACUGGCAACAUUACUAGUUUGGGGGAAGUUGAGAACACUGGUGGUCUUUGUGAGGAGGAGAUUUGUCCCAUUUCCUCCCUUCUGUGACUAAUUUCAGGUACAGGGUUAGCAAAGCAGUGGACAAACAGCUGCCGGUAAUGAGAUGCGUUGUAGGUUGUGAAUUGGGAAGGCAUGGGGCCCAGAAGAGGAGGGUAGAUAAGAUGCGCAUUUUUAAAAAAUCAGUACUAGGAGACCUGGUUUUGCUAAAGUCUGGCUGUCUUCCAACAGGCAAGUUUUUCUUCCUGAAGCAGUUUCAAAGGUAUCCUGUUGUGUGGGGUGGUGGUGGGGAAGGGUUAGUACAACCCUGGCUCCUAACUGAACCCUCCACCUCGCAGGUAUUGUAAAAUCUUGAAAGCCCUUUUGCUUUCAAACUGUUUUAUAUAUAUAUAUAUAAAGCUUCAGUGACGUGCUGCUACUUGUACGUGGGCCAAGUCAUCUUCCUGUGGAGAUGGAUAGCGUCUGUCUGCUGUCCUCUAAAGGAAGAUGACCUUGAAAGGCAGAAGAGUUGGAAGGCUAAGCUGCACAAAGCACACUUGGCCUGGGGUUUCACAGCCAAUUGAGGGGAGGGAAUGGGAGGAAGGUUUUCCAGUAUUCCUUUCAUUUCAGAUAGACCAGAUCACACAAACGAAAACGUUGUCUGAAAUUCCUGAUGUGAAGGCUCUCCUAGUCUCCAACAGCAAAUAAAGAUGGUUUGUCAAGAAAUAUCCUUUAAUCCAGCUGCCCCAUCCUUCAGAUGAAUUUGAAAGCUAAAAGAGGUAUCAAUUGUGCAGAGUGCUGAAUAGGAGUAGGGGCAGCUGGAAGAUCCCCAUUCUGAAAUCUCUCACAGGAGUGUUUGUGAUGCUAAGAUUUAAUAACAAUCUUCAGGAAAGCGUGAGCUGUAUCAGGGAUCCCCCUUAACAAUUUUCUAGUGAAUGUGCACCAAAGGCAUCACUAAUAUUUAAGCAGGGCUUGAAACAAACUCUGAAGAGCUGGGUCCUCACUACCAGCCCUGUGGAAGGAGGUGUGAAGGCAGUGUGGGAAGAAGUGUGAACCCUUACCCUGGAAGCCCCCAAGCCUGCCCUACUCCAGUGUUCUGCCUGCAGAGAGUAGGCAGUUUCAUAUUUCACCAUAAAACAUUCUGCAUCUCACUGUAGAGGGGGAAAGCUUGCAAAUAUGUGAACAGUUCUUGCAAAAAAGCUUAGGAGCUAGAGAGGCACUUUCAGGACAGCUUUUAAUAACUGGUCAGUGAUGGCCCAUCCCUCAGCAUUAGCCCAAUCCCUCCUUGUAAAGUCUAGAUUUUGGUUUGGUCCUCACCACCAGUGUCUACGGUGUCUCAUUUCAUCUAUACUCGACUUUAACAUAAAGCUGAGGCAAAAAUCUAAAUAUAGCGGGGGAAAGGGAAGAGAGGAUACCAGACUGUCUAACAAGAUUAGUGUUUUUCCAGAGCUCCACAAAACUUUGGAAGCUUUAUUUUUAUUUAUAAAUGUACAUUCUCUUUCUACUGAAUCAUAUCCACAGUGGGUUUUGUUAAAGUUGCGUUAAUCUUUUAGUUCAGGAUUGCUCUAAGGCUGCAAUCCUGUAUACAUUUACCUGGGAAUAAACCCCACCGAGGUCACUGGGAAUUAUUUCUGAGCCAGCAUGCAUAGGAUUGCACUGUAAUAAAUGAAGGAAGAUUUAAUGCUUUUUAGGCCUGUUGAUGUGGAAUCAGUUCCCUGAAGGUAAAAAGUUUUGAAAACCUCCUCAGUAACCUAGAAUAAAGCAAAGCAAAUAUUUAAACCAGCAUUGAAGAAUGCAGCAUGUUGGAGUUUAGAGCACGAAAUGUCAAGCCCCUGACAGUAGACUUCAGGCAGAGAGAUUCACCUCCCUUCAGCUAGGCAUUACAUCAUGACAGAAGGCUUUGUGGCACCACAGCCGAGUAACAAGCACAGUGGUGCUGUGUGGCCCUUGAGUUCCAAUUUUGGAGGUGUGUGGGAUUUAGUGCCUUUAGACAGGAGGGGUAGUGAAAGGGUUCAAGGUAGGCUGCUGAGAGUGAGGGAGUCUGGCUUUGCUUCUUAUUUUGGGCAGGAAACCUUGCUUUGCUGCUGAGCCUGCUUUCUUCAUUCCCCUUCAGCUAACAGCGGGGCAGUUUCCGAUGAAGAGCUGGACCAGAUGCUGGAGAGUGGUCAGACGGAGGUGUUUGUUUCCAAUGUGAGUACCAGAAGGCGAGGCCUUUGGAGGGCAUCAGGUAGAAAAGAGGGCCUGGGCCCUCGGCUAACUUAUCCGGCCGCACUUGCUCCCCGCAGAUCAUGAAGGACACGCAAGUGACGAAGCAGGCUCUGAACGAAAUCGAGACACGGCACAGUGAAAUCCUCAAGCUGGAGCGCAGCAUCCAGGAACUCCACGAAAUGUUCCUGUACCUGGCCACUGAAGUGGAGCUGCAGGUAUGGCAGUGAGGGAGGAGAAAGAAGGUACUCGGGAUCCAGGUGCUCUUGGGAAUACAGGAAGCUGCCUUAAGCCAAGUUAGACCAUUGGUCCAACUAGCUCGGCGUUCUCUACACUGACUGGCAACAGACACAUGUCGUUCCCAGCCCUACCGGAAGAUACAGGUGUUGUCUGCAGGCACCGAGUCCUUCCUCACUCUUCCUUCCCUGGUGGGAAGGGGUCAACUCACAAUUCCAUCUUGUUUCUGCUUUGGCUUCUUACCAGCCUUCAAGCUCCUUUCCGUCACUCUUCUUGCCAAGUACACUUCCCAUCCGUGCCUCCUAGGAGUUUUUACACAGAUUUAAUAUGGGCUUAGUUAUUAUGAUGAGGUUGCUAGAAUUUAAGGAGGUGUUCUCACCUUUCUUUUUUUCCUGGCCUGUACUGGAUGAUUUCUUAUGUACUCUCACUGUUUUGUUUGACCUUGUUCUCUCUCUCUAUCCCUAGUGGCCCCAUGCAGACCCAGACCCACCUCUUACCUACCCAGGGGAAGCUUCUUUGCCCCCCUCACAUAUUUUCCCUGGCCACCCACCCUUGCCCCAGCGCUAGUUGUCUGUUGUCUCUUCUCCCCACCCCACCUCUCUCCCAUUCAACUCAGAGGUUUCUUCAUACCUCAUCCCCACCCCUUUGACUGCAUUUAGGGAGAGACGAUUGACAGGAUAGAGAAGAACAUCCUGGAUUCAGAGGACUACGUCAAGAAAGGACAGGUCCACCUCCAUAUGGCUCAAGAGAACCAAAAGAAAGCUCGCAAGGUAAAUUGACUGUGUUUGAUGGAGAAAUUUGGGUUGCAUCUCCUUUAAAAUGAAUAGACCUCGUUUGUAUCAUGCUUACAUGCAACUGUGCUGUGCAAAUGCCAAAAGUUGGCAACCUGGGAACAUCUGCUUUGACUUAAGGAGGGAAAGCACUUGUCAAGCUUUUAUUGUUCCAAAUAGAUGUUUGAGAUGAUGGGCAAUGCCUGAUGAAAUCUUGGAAGAAGGGAGGGGAGGGGGCUUGUUGAGCAAGGCUUCCCGUGACUGACGUGUUUUGGUGCUGUGUCAGAGUGCCUUGUUCUUCCUCCCUGUGGCUAGCAGGUGAACGAAAAAUAUAGCAGGAGCUGCGAGCUCUCUCCCUGGCCAUCUGCCUUAACACCUUUUUUGCCUGUUUUCUGCUUUGGGGCUCUGCAGAAGAAGUUCAUGAUUGCCAUCUGCCUGACAGUCACGGUGCUCAUCAUCGUCGUCAUCAUUGGUGUAUCCAUUGCAGUUGGCUAGGAGGGCUCCCAGGUCUGCCUCUCCCUUCGUGCUGCGUUGCUGGAGCCCGAUGGUGCGUAUAGGGGACAAAGAUGCGAGGAACGGUUGCACGUUUGAGGGGAGAGGCAUGGUCAACAUCUGGGCUUCUAGAGGCUCAUGCUCAGAGGUGCCUUAUCUCAUGCCAAGGCAGGUUCUUCCCUCUGGAUUACAAGAGGCUUGCUGUAGCUUCAGUGCACUUUUGCAACAGUCUCUUGCUGCUGUUAUAUAUGGGUGGAGCGUAGUCAUUUCCAGCUCUUUCUGACCUGGUCUGCACCACAUGACAGAGCUAGAGGUGCUGCCUGCAACUAGUGCUGGCUGAGGAAUAAGUCACUGCAUCUCAAAUGCCUUAUGCCUCUUGCAAUGGCACCUAGACAGGCUUGGUAGGAGGAGGGAGUGGUGGGAGAGCCAUUUUGCUAGGUGAAGGGCUUCAGUUGGGAACUGCAGUGAAGAGUUCUGACUCUGCCCUUUCCUUUCUUGUGAAUUUUGGAAUUUUCCCUCCUCAGGGCUCCAUCUCUGGCUUCAUCAUGGUUCUGGAACGUCUGCCCUCUCCUGGGAGGCCUUUGCACUGAUAGAUGGCUGGAGGAGAUGCAUCCUGCCUUUCGCCCAGUCCUGAAAGCACAUGCUGCCUAUGGCUGCCUCCUUUCCUGUUGCCCAGAAACAAGAAGCCCCUGAUUUCCCUGCAUCCAAAAUGGUUUCCAGAUGCCUGUAACUCUCAAGAUCUAUUCUAGAGCAAAGUCUCUGCUGCGUUUAUUUUGGACCUCCUAGUUUGUUUUGUUUCGUGGCUUGCAUUUGGGUCCUGUGUUUCUCCCCCAAUGCAUUCUGUGGCCUUGACCCACAAGCAAAUGGCCAGUUCCUGUCUUGGCCUCCUCCUCAACAGUAUCUUCCCUUGCAAUGAAUUCUAGAUGGCUCCUCUUCUUGAGGAACCCCAAUUCUCCCAUUCUGAUCAUGACAGCUAUGAGUUUUCCUUACCCUUUUUGUAGUUCCUGCCUUCUAAAAUCUCCUCUGCCUGUCGUAGUUCUUUAUCAUGCAUCUUGCUACAAGCCAUGUCAGUUUUUUAAAGCUUCUCCCUUAUCACACAGUAUAUUGUACAUCUUUAAAGGGGACAAAUGGAUAUUGUACAGAACUUGGUGGUGAUAUGUCUGGUCUUUCAUACCCACAAACUCAACACGGUUAGAUGUGCCUAUGAGGGAAGCAGCAUGCAGCUCUGUUAAUUUUUUCUAACCUACUGCCUUCGUCCUGACCUUGUUUGUUGGAUUUUUAGAGGCCUUUAGUAAGUACAUGGGGCCUGUUUCAGCUGAAGCAAAGGGCAGCAAGCCAAGACCUCUGGGUUCACAUGGCUAAAAUGCCUUUUAUUGGUUUCUACAAAGCUGUUUGCCUCCUGCUUUCAGUUUUAAAGUUGACCUUUUUUCCCUGCCUCCUUCAUCUGUGUGGCCCUCCUCCCAGCCGCCAUGUCCCUGGUGCCUUAGGGGUUGUGUGCUCACAGCCCUUCUGAGCCCUCUGUAUUAUCUUAAUCUUUUCUUUGGGUCUCUUUUCUCUCUUUGUACAAUGAAAUGAGAGAUAUUCCCAGUGCCAACCUAAAAAAGUAUUGGGACUAAACCACACGAACAAUAUUUUUGGCUCCCUCAGGAAACCCGAUCACAGGCCUCGAAUUAGCCACCUGGAAAGCUUGCCCAAGGGGCCAGGGGGAAUCAAGAUCUUGAAAGGAGUGUUAUAGGAAGGAGUAGGAGUCAGAGCCCCUUGGGUUUGUCUGUCUGCAAAUCUAGCUGAAUUGGGUUGGGAAAUCAUGGAGAAAAUGGAAACCAGGACCUUUUGGCCUUGUUCCUGAAAAUUUGAUAUUUUUCUACUUUGGAAAAAGAGGACUUGUCCAGAUCAAAGCAUUUAGCAAACUGUUCCAGUUGCCUUGGAGAUUGAAUGUAAAGAAAAGAAAAGCAGCCUGCCUCAAAUUAUUUUGUAAUAUAAAAAUAAAAGCACUUUCUAGAAUGUC